AAAAAGAUUUGUGGUAAAUACAGUAGCAACAAAAGCAUAUAGAUCAAGCUGGGCAUAGUGACUCACAUCUAUAAUCUCAGUUCUGGGGAGGCUGAGAUAAGAGGAUCAAGAGUUAGAGGCCAGCCUAUGCUACAUAGCAAGGCCCUGUCUUAAUCCAUCAAACCAAAAUGCCAUUGGUUGCAUGUGUCCUUGGUACUGCUGCUCUAGGAGGAAGUAAAUGCGGCUGGAGGUGAGAAUCCUCACCAUUGGAUUCUUUCCUCCUAGGCUGUGUGCAGUGGGCGCAGCGCAGUAUGUGAACUCAGUGUGAAUAGAAUUGUGAAUCUUCUGUGUUCCACGGAAAUCACUUUCCUGGAACCUGUCUGCCAUGUUUCAGGAUUCGGUGCUCUUUGAAGAUGUGGUGGUGAACUUCACACUGGAGGAAUGGGCUUUGCUUGAUUCUGCCCAGAAAAAUCUCUAUGGAGAGGUCGUGGGUGAAAUCUUUAUGAACCUGGUCUCUAUAGGGGAAAAUUGGGACCAGAAGAUUGAAGAUUGGUACAGAAAUCAGGGGAGAAAUUUAAGCAUUCAUAUUGCCGAGACACUCUGCGAAAGCGAAGAAGGUGCUGAGUGUACGGAGCGCGCCAGCCGGAUCGCAGAUGAUUUGAAGAAGAGCAGUCUUCCGGGGGCAGCAGCCCGUGGAUGUAGCAUGUGUGGAACCGUCUUCAAGCCUCCAUCAGCCCUGAGAGGUCCCGUGAGCUCUCCCCCGCGGCAGGAACCCCAGGAAGAUCAGGAAUAUACAGAAGAGCCCAAUCGAUGCGCACAGUGUGAGAACACCUUAAAUUAUUACUACCCUUUCCAGCUCGAUGACAGGAGUCCCAUUGGAGACAAGGCCUAUGAACGCGCCAAGCGUGAAGAAGCCUUCCUCUCCCUCACUAGCCUUGAGGAAUACGUGAUCACGCAUGCUGGCAGCGGGCCACAUAAGUGUAACGUGUGCGGAAAGGGCUUGCAGUAUCCCAGCUCCCUUAGAAUCCACGAAAGGAUUCACACGGGCGAGAAGCCGUACCAGUGUGAGCAGUGUGGGAAAGCCUUCAAUUGCUUAGGCUCGGUUCGAAGACAUCAGAGGACCCACACGGGGGAGAAGCCGUAUGAUUGCAAGGAGUGCGGGAAGGCCUUCCGCUCACUCUCGGGCCUUCGGGGUCACAUGAUCAAGCACACUGGAGGCGGGCCUUAUAAAUGUAAGGAGUGCGGGAAAGUCUUCAACUCGCCCAGCGCCCUUACGAAACACGGGAGAACACACACCGGAGAGAAGCCUUUCUCCUGCACGUACUGUGGCAAAGCCUUCAUCUGUUCCACUGCCGUUCGGAAACACGAAAGGACUCACACCGGAGAGAAGCCCUAUGAAUGUAAGGAGUGUGGGAAAGCCUUCAUUUCUCACUCAGGCCUUCAAGGACACAUGAUACGGCACACGGGCGAGGGGCCUUAUAAAUGUAAGUUUUGUGGGAAGGCCUUUGGCUCUCCCAGCGCAGUUCUAAGGCACGAAAGCGCUCACGUUGUGGACACAGUGGUCUUUGAGGACGUGGCCAUGAACUUCACCCAGGAGGAGUGGGUUCUGCUGCAAUCACGCGGGGAAAGCCCUGUCAGUGCGGGGAAUGCGGAGAACCUUCCGCCACGCAGCUGCUUUCGAAACCACGAAAGAACCCACUCAGGAGAGAAACGCUGUGAAGGUAAGCAGUGUGGCAAAGCGGCCAGGUAUUCCCAGACGUUCCAAAUCCACGAAAGGACUCCCACGGGAGAAAAACCCUACCAGUGCCCGCAGUGUGGAAAGGCCCUCAGCCGUCCCACAGCCUUCCCACGUCAGGAACGGAGCCACGCUGGCGAUAAACCGUAUCAGUGUCGGAAAUGUGGCAAAGCCUUCAGUUUUCCUAGUUCUUUUAGAAAACACGAGCGGAUUCACACCGGAGAGAAACCUUCCGAUGCACGGGCGUGCAGCAAAGCCUUCGAUUGUCCCAGUUCCUUUCAGAUCCACGAGAGAACGCACACGGGCGAGAAGCCGUACGCGUGUAAGCAGUGUGGGAAAGCCUUCAGUCGCUCCAGUUCCAUCAGGAUCCACGAGCGGACCCACACGGAGGAAAAGCUGUACGGAUGUAAGCAGUGUGGGAAAGCCUUCAGUCGCUCCAGUUCCAUCGGGAUCCACGAGCGGACCCUCACGGGGGAAAAGCUGUACGGAUGUAAGCAGUGUGGGAAAGCCUUCAGUUGCUCCAGUGCUGUGCGCAUGCACAAGUGGACCCACGCAGAACAGAAGCCUUAUGAGUGUCAGCAGUGUGGAAAGGCCUUCACACGUUCCCGAUCCUUCCAGAUCCACGCAAGAACUCAUACCGGAGAGAAACCCAAUGAGUGUCAGCAGUGUGGAAAGGCCUUCACACCUGCCCGUGCCUUUCGAAUACACGGACGACCUCACGCUGGGCAGGAACGGAACACACACAGCCUGAGCUGUUACACGGUUCCCCAGGCAGCAGACGUGAAGUGGAAGCUGACCAUCCCACAGAAGCCUGGAUGUGGCGAGCACGUGGCCAUUGUUCGCUGCACAGAUUUCAAGGUUCUUGAUGCCUGA